CGGAAAAUCACACAGAUCCUACAAAUAUUCUAACAACUUACCAUCGAGUUUAACCCGAAUAAGCACCACAAUGGAGACUAUCAAGAACACUGUCAACUACGUCACCGAGUCCAUCCAGGGCGCCGGCGCGACAGCCUCGAAGGAGGUGAACAAAGACGUCGCCAAGGACAAUAACGCCGACCUGACUACGCGCGCCACUGCUGCCAAGGACGCUCUCUUUGACAAGAAGGAUGAGAAGGUUCAUGAGACUCAGGCAGAUGUUUACAAGGAAGCCGCCAAGCACUAAAUAUACCCAACGAGUGAAGGAAAGAUAAACACAAGCAAGUCAAUCAGCUCUAGUCAGGGCUGGAUUGCUUAAUCGCCACCACGCUAUGUACUUUGAUGAAUAAUGACAUUCUCAUUUUAUCCUGUUCCACCAUUGUUA